AUGUAUGAAUUCAAACCCUCUCUCAAAGAAGUUCAAGAAAUUGUAACCGAAAACAAAGGAAAUACAAUUCCAAUUUUUACCCAAAUUCCUGCCGACCUGCUUACACCUGUGGGUGCUUAUUUGCGAAUAUCAGAGAAAAGUCAAUAUUCGUUUCUUCUCGAAUCUGUAGCUGGCGGUGAAAAAAUUGGUCGUUAUUCAUUUCUUGGCUCAGAUCCAUAUAAGGUGAUUAAAACAGGCGACCAUGAACCUAUCAAAGGAGAUCCUUUAAUGGCUCUUGAAGAAGAAUUGAGCUCUGUUAAAUUCUUUCCUGUUCCAGGAAUUCCAAAAUUUACUGUUUCACAUUAUCGAAGUGAUUCAACAGAUUUAAACAAUGUGGAAUAUCUUUAUAAUUUAGCAAUAGGAAAAAUAAAAAAUAUUUUGAAAUUAUUAAGAAAAGAGGUUACACCUGCGGUACCUCAGGGAGAAAUUCGUCUUAAUCAAACAUCUGUAUCAAAUGUGGGUAAAGCUGGUUACGAGGGAUUUGUAACAACAUUAAAACAACAUAUAAAGAAAGGGGACAUCAUUCAGGCGGUUCCUUCUCAAAGAUUAUCACGAGAAACCACCUUACAUCCAUUCAAUGUAUAUAGAUAUUUACGGAUGGUAAACCCAUCCCCAUAUCUAUUUUAUGUUGAUUUAAAAGAUCAUCAAAUUGUUGGUGCAUCACCCGAACUUCUUGUUAAAGUUGAAGAUGAAAUGGUUUACACCCAUCCAAUUGCAGGUACACGUAAACGGGGUAAAACCGCGGAAGAGGAUGAAAAACUUGCUGAUGAUUUAUUAAGUGAUCCAAAAGAAAGAGCCGAACAUAUUAUGCUUGUUGAUCUUGGACGAAAUGAUGUCAAUCGUGUUUGUCAACCUAAAACAGUCAAAGUAGAUUCACUAAUGAAAAUUGAAAAAUAUAGUCACGUAAUGCAUAUUGUUAGUCAAGUCUCGGGCAAACUUCGUCCGGAUAAAACAAGAUACGACGCGUUUCGAUCUAUUUUUCCGGCAGGGACCGUUUCAGGUGCACCUAAAGUAAGAGCUAUGGAACUUAUUGGAGAAUUAGAGAAAGAGAAACGUGGCGUCUACGCUGGUGCCGUAGGACAUUUUGAUUUUUCUAAUUCUAUUGAUACUUGCAUCGCUAUCCGUACAAUGUUAUUCAAAGAUGGUAUUGCAUACCUUCAAGCAGGUUUUGUUGAAGAAGAUGAAUAUCAGGAAUCUAUAAACAAGUUAAAGUCAAAUGUGACAUGCAUUGAUCAAGCUGAAGAUUACUAUUUAAAAUUACAAAAAAAUUAA